UAGGUAUAAAGAUCACAUUCGCGGUCCUCCGUAUUUCAGGAAAAUCGGCGUAUAUUAGACCGAUACGCAAAUCCUUUAACACUACCCACUGUCGUCCAAAAUCUUGAAUGGCUAGGCGGCAGCAACAGCGCACACACACUCUCUCUUGCCGACAUAAUUGGUCCACGAUGCCGGUUACUCGCAAAACCUUUGAUACCUACGACUGCAUAUAUGUACAUAAACACAUACAUCAGCACGUAGUAGGUAGAUAGAUACACACAAUCACCGCCUAAGCUUGCACAGUAGGCGGCCGCCAACGAACUUCUGAGCUGUUGGCCUGCUCCUGCCCAUAACUACCUUGCUCUGUUGGCGGAGAGUAUUUGCGAAGUCGGUGUGCGCCAGCGUCGCGCGAACUCACUACAGGCUCUCUAGUUUCAGCUUUCGCUCUCAUUUCUCAAUAUUUAGGCUCCAACACUGCCAACUCCUGGCACUGAUGACUGUGUGUAUGUGUGUGUGUGUUGCAAAAAUAAAACAAAAAUAAUUUUCACUGCUGAGUGCAUUUGUCAGCUGCUUGACUCUUUUUGUUGUUGUAGAUGUUUCAACUUAUUGUUGUUGCUUUGCUUUUCCUUGCGAAUAUCCACUUCAAGCUGGGAUACCUACUCCACACCGAACGAACGACUGAAGUCAGUUUCAGUUCAACGGAGUGCACUCGCACAAUUCGGUACAAGUUGCGGUUUAUGCAGCAGAAAAUUUUUAACGAAAAUAUCCAAAAUGCUUACACAUACAUACACGUACAGUAUACACGGAGUGUGAUACUAUUUACUCCAACUGCCUUGACUGACUGACAAAAUGUGGCUGAAAAAAAAUGUGAAGUGAUGUGAGGGAAAAAUGUGUAAGCUAUUAAAGUGUGUAACGGUGAAAUUCUCGUAAAAUCAAAUAAAGUGUUCAAAAAAAAAACAACAACCUACACACAUCCAGCUUUAAUGCUGCGUAUCUGCGGUACGCGAAAAAAGUUUCGUGGAAAAAUCAAUGCAAAUCAAAUUUCAUAUAUCAAAUUCUGCAAACGAAGAAGUAUAAGAAAUAUAAAUGGUAGUGCAAAAAAUAAUGAAUAAGCAAAGCAGCGGAAAAUUUUUCAGUACAAAAUUGUAGUUUGUGAAAGUUAAGUGCAGCAUGUAGUACAUGUACCUUUGAAAUUACAUUUUUAUGUGUAGACCCAUAAUAUAAUAACAACAAAAAAUACCUUUCCACAUACUCAGUGAAAUCGGCAGCAAAAAUCAACAGUGAAAAUGAAUCCGCUACAGUCAACGCGCGUACGCAUCAUAGCAACCAGCUGGUUUCAGCCGUACGCCAUACGGUGUUGUUGUCAUUGCAAUGCAUCGAUCAUUGAAGCCGCACGCACAAGCUAAAAAGGUACCACCACCUGCGCUACCCGGAGAUCCCGCACCGCAACAGCAGCAAAUACCAUUAUACCGUUUAGGUGGCAGUAUUUCGAGUGCAGCUGGCAAACAGCUGGAUGAUGGCAUCAUAAUGAGUAGCAUGGUAUCGUCGCCAUCCUUGGAGGAGGGCGGUUUCAAUUUGCCACGUGAGCCAUCGGUAGCAUUGCGCAUGAAAGAUGAAAUAAGCGAAUACGCUACAGUCAUGUCCACAUCAGGCACAUCACAAUCGUCGGGCUCCUCUGCCGGCACUGCUGCAGCUGGCAAACAACAAGCAGCUAAUCAAGUAGCCACUGGUGGCGCAACACUUUUAUCCACCGCAACUAAUCCGCUGCUCAGCGGUUGUCCACCCACAAUAGUGCCAUGUCCACCGCCCGUGUUUUGCGCCACACUACGCGAACCGCUCACACACAAAGCGGCCGUUUACUAUCAUCAACAAUUGGCGCUGCAAGAGGAUCAGGGUAUCGAUUUGACACAAUCGCCAGGUCGCGAUUCGCCCGGUUCGUCGUCGGGUUCAGCUGGUUCUGGUUCGCGACACUCUACAGCUAGCUUGGAUUCGGGUCGUGCCUCAUCGUAUUUGACUGGUGUGUCGGGUGCAUCGAUACGUGGUAGUGCGGGCGGUGCACUCUCAUCGCCACGUUGCAGUUCGGUGAGUUCAUGUUCGAUUGGUAGUGUCGAUCGGCAACGUAACGAUGAACUUAUCAUCGAUUGGCUAAUGGAGAUGAAGUGUGAGGAGUAUGCACAAUUGUUUAUAGCGGCCGGUUACGAUUUGCCGACCAUUGCACGAAUGACCCCCGAAGAUUUGACAGCGAUCGGCAUAAAAAAUCCACACCAUCGUGAGCGCAUAAAACAACGUAUCGAUAAGUUGCAAGUAUUGGAUAACUUGCCACAUUUCGUGCCGGGCUCUAUCGAAGAAUGGCUACAACUGUUACGUCUCGAGGAAUACAUUCAACCACUACUUGAUCAAAACUAUAAAACUGUACGCGACGUCACGCAAGUCACUUGGGAAGACUUGGAAGAUAUUGGUAUUGUUAAAUUGGGACAUCAAAAGAAGAUUCUCUUAGCCAUUAAGCGUGUAAAGGAUAUCAUAAGCGGAAAGUGGAAUCCAGGCGGUAUUAAUGCUUACCAACAGCAGGAUUAUCGCAACAAGGUUUGGCCCAGUGCCGUGCCAAUGCCCACCACACCGACCUAUUUGCCAACCACGCGCGUCUCGUGGGACGAUUCCAAGAUUUAUGCUACGCCCGGCGUUGAUGCCGUCUAUUUUUGCAGCGGUGCUCAUCACGAGUGCUGCAAUGGCAACGAUGUGGUGCCCAUUAAGGUGCGCCAGCCACGCGGCAAAAGCUUAGAAUCACUCGAGGAUAUACACGACAACAGCACACGCAGCCAUUUGACCUUUAGCCAUUACACGGCCACUGAUUAUGGCCACUUUGCGCAUCCAACGCCUGCUAUGCAACAACAACAUCAUCAACAAGCCUUGCAACACCAGCAGCAACAGCAUCAACAAGCCAUGCAACAGCAUCAUCAGGCAGCCAUGAUGGGCGGCGCUGUUGUGGGCGGACCCGGUGGUGCUGGCGGUGCACGUUUGCUUAGCAAUCAGGCAGCUAUGUCUUGGCGCCGUUCCUACGAUGAUGGUGACAUUACGCCCACCAACGACGCUGCACGCGAACUCAUGUACGAGGAGGGCGGCGGUACGCUACCACGUCAGCAGCGGGGCAUUUUGCAGCGCGCCGUAUUGAACAGCAUGCCACCACUCGAGCAUCACUAUAUGAACGCAGCUGCCGCAGCGGAAUAUGUUUGCCAUGCAGGUGGAUUGGGUGGCGUUGGCGUGCCAGGUGCGGCUGCGCAUGUGGGCGCAACAGGCCCAGCUGGUUGUGUGCUGGACAGCGCCGGUCUGAAUGCAUCCUACUUGACCGGCAGUCCAAUGAGUAAUAAGAAAAUCGCACCGGAACCACCGCGACGUCAUUGUAGUAUACGAAAUUCACGUACUCUGAGUGCGGAUAGCCCACAACAACAGCAACAGUUGCAACAACAACAACAGCUGGGAUUGCAUGUCGGUGCAGCAGUUACGCCUGGCCUCUACUAUGCCGGCGCUGGCGCCUUACAUCAUGGGGGCAUGUAUAUGACGCAUGCGCAACAACAAGCCGCAGCAGCGGCGGCAGCUGCUAAUCAGCCGAUCUAUGCGAAUUACGCAACCAUACAACAGACCACGGCGGAAAUACACUGCGAGAAAUUCCAUGACAAUAAGUCAAAUUCCAGCAUCGACUCCAUUGACACCAUACCGUUCGCCAACGAGAAUACUGGCACCAUCAAACAGCGUCUACUUAACCGCCAAGACAUUGGUGGACCACAGCAGCCGCUACAAUCGGGCAACACACCAAAUCUGCACUCCUCCUCGUCGUCAUCCUCGUCUUCGUCGACCAACACCAUCGCCAAUAUAGCGCACUCUUUCCACUCGCUAAAGACAUCUGCCUCGUUGCAUGACGCUUCGCUGAUACGCAGUGACAGCAUCGGCAGCACCACAAGCGGCGGCAGCGCUGGCGCCAGUACCGGCGGUGGUGGCAGCAAUAGCUUAUUGCUACUACGUUCUCCCACCCUACAAUAUCCACCGACCGAUGUAACGAAUGCCAGCAGCGGCGGCGGCUCAUCAACGACUAUCACCACUACCGUGGACUUGCAUACACCCAGCGGCGCUGAGGCUAAUGCGGAUGCAGCUGGCGAUGGCGCGCCCUUAACCGGCAGCGAGGGUGCCGAUAUAUCUAGUGGCAACGCUGGCGCCGGCGCGACCACAAUUCAAACACCGGGUCAAAAGGUGUCUGUCAAUGUGCUCAAUGACAUUGGUAAUAUGUUGGCCAAUUUGACGGACGAACUUGAUGCCAUGCUGGAGGAGGAGAAGCGCAUUGGCCUAAAUAUUGAUAGUGAAUAAGCACAUAUUGGGGAGCAUACAGCUCAAGGGCGUACAUCUAGGUACAUAGUUAAUACAUAUAUGCGCAUGUGUGUGUUUUGCAAGUUGGGAAUUUAUACAUUAAUGGGUCUUACAUAAAAUGUUAGUGAAAUAUGCGCGUGCGUACGCUUAAGCUUCAAGGCAAAGGACAUUUCAUUCAUAAAUUUCGUUUCUUAUCUUAUCGGUCUCUAGCGCUUGAAAUAAUUUAUUAAAAUGUGACGUUCAUGUAAGAUUUUACUUAUCCUUCUCAAAUGUCAACUCCUUGCUACAAGGGUAUAUUUUAAGUUUUUAAAUCACUGGAAUAAUUCAAUAGUAUCGGUAAACGUUGGAUAGUUUUAUUAUGCGUUUUUAUAUAAAUUAAAUGGUUCAAUACAUUGUUUUUUAAAUUUAGUUGUGCGAUAAAGCUAGGGAUAACGCCAGAUAACUAAUUUAAAUACUGAGAAACAAUUAAAAUUUACUUGCAUGCAAAUAAGUUCAGCCGGAUAAGCGGUUUUCGGCCUUGUAUAUUUAUUUUGAAGUUCAAAGCGCGCUUAAAUUUGUAAAAUAUAUGAAGUGGUUUAAUUUGUUUAUUAUACAAUUGACUUAAUAUUGAAUUUUCAAAACAGUCGUUGAAGUCAGUGUCGGAUAUGGUCGAAAAAUAUAUAAUUUAUUUACUCUGAUAAUGAAAUAAGCUACGGAUAUCGCCGGAUAGCUAAUUUAGUCAUUGAGAAACAAUUAAAAUUUACCUUUAUGCAUACAAAUUCAGCUGGAUAAGCGUUCUUUGGCCUUGUAUGCAUAUUCUGAAGUUUAGAGCAUGCCUAAUAUUUGUAAAAUAUAUCAAGUGACCUAAUUUCUUUAUUAUACAAUUGACUUUAUUUUGAAUUUUUAAAAUAGUCAUUGAAAUCAGUGUCGUAUAACGUCGGAUAAUUUUGUUAUGCGUGCAAAAAAAAAAAAAUUCUUACAUAUAUAAAAUGCUUGUAGUUAUUUAUUUCAGUAAUUUAGUUGCGCGGAUAAUAAAAACACGCUACGGAUAACGUCGAAUAAUUAUUUUAACGGCUUAGAAAUAAUUAAAACGCAUAUAAAUUUAGCCGGAUAAGCGCUUUCAGCCUUAUUUGCAUGUUUUGAAGUUUCAGAGGUUUUUUUAUGAUUCAAUCAGCAAUGAAUGUCUUUACUUUGAAGCUCUUUUGCACGCAUGCGCAUAUGUAGUUUAGUUGCGUCUAACACUUGAGUGUCUUAGUUGUUAGUUUUGUUUUAACAUUAUAACUAAAGUGUUUAGUAUCUAUUAUUUCCUCAUAAAGGAACUUAUAUAUAUGGGUAAUUGUUGUAUAUACGCACAUGAUACGCGUAAAUAUAAUACUUUUUAUACGCAUUUUAUAUUUUACGUGCAUAAGUAUUUAUAGCAGUGUAUUGUGUAUUUGUAUAAAUUUCUCUUGUUUUGUAGUUAAAGAAAGAAAGUAAAAUUGUAACUUAGUAGUUGUAAAGUUCUAAUUUUUUUUACGAAAACUGCUGUUUUAGCGGCGCGGCUGCCUGUAAGUCAGCGAAGAGGAAGAAAAUGUUAAAAAAUUGAAGAAAUAAUAGAAAAAUAAUAAUUUUAUUGCUAUUUUAUUAUUAUUAUUUUUUUUAUUUUUUUUUUAUGUUUUAAUUUAUAAAAAUAAUUUUUUUUUUAAACAUUUGAUCUUAAAGCUUCACAUUGCUGUAGAAUGUGUGUCAAAAACGAUUGCAAACAGUUGUAAAAAAAAUAUCUUUUAAACAAAAAUAUUAAAUAUAAAAAAUAAUUGUUUAAAAAUAACCAACAGUGGUAAAAAAAAAUUAUAAAUAAAUUUAAAAAAAAAAUAUUAUAUUUUUUAAUUUAAUAUUUUUGUUUAAUAUUAAUAAAUAUAUAUUUGUUUUUGUAACAAAAAUAUAAACAAAAAAAUAUUUUUGUUUGUAUUUUUUUGAUUUUUUUUUAUAAUUUUUUUUUUGUUAACAUUUUAUUAAUUUAAUAUUUUUGUUUAAAAAAAUAUUUUUUUACAGCUCUUGGCAAUUGUUUUUGAUUUUUUUUUAACAAAAACAAACAUUCCAUAUACUAUACAUACAUAUGUACAUAUGUAAAUGGCAUAAAAACCAUGCACAUAUUUAUGGGAAAUAUAAUAUAUUGUUUCAAAUUGCAUCCAAAUUAUGUUACAAAACAUUCCAUUUUUAAGUUUAUAGUAAUAUAAAUUCUGCGGUAACCGCCGUAAACAGCAGUUUAAGAAUUCAGAAAUUUUUGUUAAAACUUAAAAAAUAUUUCACUUUAAAUACUUACAAUUCUACGCAAUUUAUAAAAGAAAGAAGAAAAAACAAA